AUGACACUCGACCGUGUCGAAUGCGGCGACCCCCCUCCCGCCCGAGCUGCUUUCGAUCAUCUUCCGGCAUGUGCGGGGACCACACCGAGCACACUUGCGCCUCGCCUGCCGGGCGAGUUGGAGCGGGAAAUCUGUGGGCUUGCAGGUUGGGCAGAUGAGCAGACAAUGCUGCAACUGUCGAUUGUCGCGCGCCGAUUUUACGAAUGGGUUAGACCACUGCGCCUCCGUGUCGUGUCGCUGUGGAGUAACCAAGAGCUCGCGCACUUCCUCAAGCUGUUUCCCCCGUCUGACCCAAAGGAAGUGGCCAGCCCGGCGAGCGCAUUACCCAGGCCCGACUCCAAUUACAUCCGUCAUCUUGCGCUGUCCUGCUCAAUGGAGCGCUCGACUGUCGCGCACAUCCUAAGCGUGACAAAGAACCUGACCAAUCUGGCGCUCUGGACGGGAAGCACGUCCCCCCCGCUGCUCCCUAUGCUGCAGCCUCUGACACAGCUAAGACGCCUCUCUGUCAACCUCGCCGAGCUUCUCUGGGAGGAUGGGAACGACACUUCAGUCCCGAGCGCAGCAAAGCUCGCGCCGCUGGCGCAACUCACGCACCUACACGUCACGAUCCCCGCAUUCAGCCUGAUGUCAUCGAAUCUUAUUCCUGUGUUCGCGGCGCUCCCCGCGCUGACGCAUCUCGCUUUAUCGGAUAUGCCUCAGGCGGAGUUUCUGCAAUGGGUGCUGGUACCGGGCGGCGCAAAGUUAACUUUGCGCGUAGUGGUUGUGGUAUGGACGUUCGCGGCCGCCGAGGAAGAUGUGGAGGAUUUCGACGACGCCGCGGCCCAGUGCGAAUCAGAGUUGUCAGCGGACCUCCCGCGGUUCUGUGUUUUGUAUUGUACCGACCUUCAGAGCGACUGGCAGAGUGGCGCAUGGGGGGAUAGCGUUAAUAUCUGGACAAGAGCCGAAGCGCGCUUGAAAUGGCGGGCCACGGAGCGGCAGAAAAAGCUGGCAACUGGGGAGAGGAAAGCCUUACCAUCUCAGUGA